GAAAAAGACAGAGUGAGCCAUAAGAAGAGCCACAUCCUCGAAGAGAGAAGAUGAAGAUGCAGGCCAUAUCUGUCUUUUUUUGAGUUGAUGGCGUGUUCAAAGGGCAGGGUGGAAUCUAAGUCUAAGUAAUUGCCGCCAAAUAGGACGGAAACGGAGUGAGGCAUUUCAAAUCGGCCUUCGGUGGCAUCGUUUUGUUUUCGCGCAAUCAUAGCAAGAUUCGUCGAUGCAAAUUAGAAUUUUCGAUCGAGGACAACAUGGACAUAAACAGAAAUAAUCUGGAUGAUUUUCAACCGAAUCGCGCACCAGGACCCUUCUCGUUAAUUAUACCUCAUACAUCAGCCUUUUCCCACCCUUUUGCUUCAUUUAUUCAGUUUUUCGUUUCCUUCGUUUAGUCGUUUUCCACUUGUCGAGAAGAUAGCCUAUUCAUUUUCUGACGAAAUCGAGUACAGCUACAGGUCAGGAGUGUCAUCAUCUGUGCAGACGAUGAAGAUGAUCUUAAUCUUUUUUAUUUCGGUCGGUCAAAAAGUUAUAUCGUGGGGCGGCUGACAACAAGCAUAAUGCAUGAAGCUCAUUGCUGCAUCUGCUCUCCGAUGCUGAUAAAGGUAGCCUAGCGGUAGCGCUAACUUCUAAUCUACUGCCACGAAUAUAGAAAAUCACUGAAAUAAUACUGCGUUCAAAAUAUAGCAGCAGAUAGAAUUCAUUGUAUCGUUGUUUUUUUUUCUAAGCCUUCAGAUUUGUUGACGCAUUGUUUUUCAGACUCGUUUUGUUGCAGUACCUAUUUUCUUGCUAUUUUCUCGGACCACUUUGUUUUUGCCAAUACAUAGUAAUAAGGCUGUCGACUUUCUAUUGCUUACAGGCACGGCUGCUUGCGCGAAGAGCAGGCGCGCCCGCGCCCGAAAAGUAAGCGCAGAUCAUUUUUUUACGUCAACACCACCAGCAGCAAUCGCAGUCCAGCCGAGCCCGCGAUGAUGCGCGCAGGCGUCUCCUGGAUUACUGCAUCGGGACGCCGCCCGGGCGUCCGUCGCGGGUCGACCGGUGGUGCGAUGAUAAUAUCAGCGCAGAAACAAGAUAAUGAGAAACGACUGCUGCAGGCCAGAAGAACUUUUGCAACGAACAACAAUGCGACGUUUGACGCAAUCAUCGUUGGUGGUGGCGUCGCGGGAGUCAACUGUGCACACGCGUUCGCGAAGCGGGGGCAGAAAACGUUGCUUUUGGAGCAGAAUUCCUUGACAAGCGGGUCCACGUGGCACGCUGCGGGGUUGGUGACGCACUUCAAAGGCUCCCCCCUGAUCGCAGAGCUUGCCGAAGCGGGCGGGAAAGUGUACAAAGAGAUGGAAGAAAUUGGCUGGCACAAUACCGGAAGUCUCGCCAUUUCGAGGUCCCCCGAGACGGCAGAGAACCUCUUGCAGGCCUGUCAGCAGGGAUGGUACCAGGGGCACACUCACCAUUUGUUGGAAAGUCUGGAACAGGUAUGUAAAUGUUGUAGGCGGGAUGCUUUUCGUUAUUUUCCUUUCUUGGUGACAUUAUCUUCAGAUGAAGCUUCUGGAACCAUGUUGGAUGACCAUCGUGUUCGACACUGUCCCCACGAAUAAAAACAGAAACAGUAGGAAGAGGAAAUAGCGGUCAUCAUCAUCAACACGUUUUCUUGUUGUUUCGCCCAAGAAGAAAUGAAAGAAAAUCUACGCACCACAGGCCCAGAAGGUGCACCCGUUUUUGCACAACCCGCGGGGUGAUUUUCAGCUUGCGGUGCACAGUCCCCACGACGGCAUCGUGAAUCCAGCGGAUUGCACCAUGGCCGUGGCGAAGCGUGCCCGCCAGGUUGGCGCUGUGAUCCAGGAGAAUGCUCGGGUCGUGGGCUUUGGGUUGGACCAAGACCGCACGAAGGUACUUUCCGUGCAGUUUGUUUCCGCAAAGAACAACGGGGCUGCUGAAGGUCAUCUUCACGAAGAUGAUGUCCAGACCAUCAACCUCGCAGACCGCGGCAACGUCGUGAUCGCCGCUUCUGCGUGGACCCGAGGUUUGACCAAGGAGUUUCUUGGCGAGGGGCUGCCGCUGGGCUACGCGCCCCACCAGUACACCAUUUUCAACACGAUUAAGGGCGUGACGAACGAGUUGCCCGUCGUGCGGGACUUCGACGGGCGGUACUACUGCAAGCCGGAGGUCGGCGGGUUCAUGAUCGGCGUCUUCGAGGCGCAGCCGAUCCCGCACAUCCCGGACUUUGUGUUGGAGCGGUCCGUCACCGCGCAGGUUCCCAGCACGGCGUCGCACGAGGUGUUUGAGGAAAGCCUGGACAAGGCGGAGCAAGGCGGCGAGUUCUCCGCGGCGCUCGAGGCGUUCCCGGUGUUGCAGGAGACCGAGAUCAAGCAGUGGCUGCACGGCCCGGACACGCACACGCCGGACCACGGGUUUCUGCUCGGGCCCCUGGUCGGCCUGGACAACUGCUUCAGCGCGGGCGGGUUCAACUCGCAGGGCAUCCAGACCGGCCCCGCGGUCGGGCAGGCGCUGGCGGAGUGGGCGCUGGACGGGUACCCCCACUCGUUCCAGAACCACUUUGAGGACUGCAAGGUGGCGCGCUUCAACCCGGAGAUCUGCGCCAAGGACGAGUGGGUGGCCUACCGCGCACUGGAGUCCUACGGCGGCACCUACCUGCCGCACCUGCCCCGCGAGGCGGACGAGAGCGUGCGCGGGCUGGCGCUCAAGUCGCCCUUCUACGACCUGCUGAAGGCGGACGGCGGGGUGUUCAGCGAGGCCUUCGGCUGGGAGCGCGCCAUGUACUUCGACCGCGGAGAGACUCGGGCCGAGACCGAGUGGACGGAGAUGACGCCCCACAAAUCCGCCGCGGUGUCCGUCGCGCGCGAGCACCUCUCCUUCGAGUACAAGAAGUCCAAGUGGUUCGAGUUCGAGAAGCGGGAGGCGCUGCACUGCCGGAACGAGUGCGUGGCCUUUGACAUGACGCCCUUCGGGAAGAUACGCGUGAAGGGGGAAAACGCGCGCGCGCUGAUGCAGUACGCAGUGUUCGCGGACCUGGACAACGCCGAAAAAGGCCGCGACAAGGUCGGCAGCGUGGUCUAUACCGGUUUCGCGAAUGAGAUGGGCGGCCUGCUGGGCGACCUAACGGUUUGCCGCAUCUCCGACACGGAGUUCUACUGCGUUGUUCCUGCCGCGGAUCCGUUCGAAUUCCUGCGCCACCUGCGCCACUGCCAGAAGAGCGACGACAGCCUGGUGAAAGACGUGCAGAUCACGCACGAAACCAACGAGAUCGCCACGCUGGCGGUGAUGGGGCCGAAGUCGCGGUUGAUUUUCGAAAAAGCCUACCCGGGAACCGAUUUCUCGGACGAGAAGUUUCCGGCCAACACCUUUCAGAUCGUCGAACCGGGUGUCCGCGCCCUGCGCGUUUCCUUCGCUGGAACACUUGGGUGGGAGUUGCACAUGGAGAACGCGAAAGCGGCGGCCGUCUACAAAACGAUGUUCGACACGGCGAAGGAAGUGGACGUAGACCUCCGGAACGCGGGUAUGUUUUCGCUGUUGAACAGUUUGCGCAUGGAGAAGGCGUUUCUGCACAACGGACACGACGCUGACCCACUGGUGACGCCGAUGGAGGCAGGGCUCACCUUCGCGAUGGACUGGAACAAGCCGUUUCGGGGCAGCGAGAAGCUAAAGGAGCGGAAGAAACAGGGCAUGCGGAAGCGGCUGUGCUCCUUUCUGUUCGAGGAUCUUGACAUUUCCCCGCACGGGCACUACGCCGACAUUCUUUACCGGGACGGCGAGCCGGUAGGGUACCUAACCUCCGUUGGCUACAGCCAUACCCUCGACCGUCCGUUCGGCUUGGGCUUUGUGGACUUGAAGGACGAGGCCAAGAAAAAGCCAAAAAAGUGGUUGGAGUCCGGGAAGUACGAGUGUUCGGUCAUUCACCGCGGAAAGGUCGUCCGGACGCCAAUCGAGAAAUGUGUGAUGGGGGCAGUCGUGGCGUGAAGGAACCACACGCAUGGAUGAAUAAACAGCAGCAUCCGCGCCAAAGUAAAAAAUAGAUACAAAACCAUGCUUCAGUUCAUGAUCACGGCUUCCCCUCCCUCCACCACCGUGCCCAUGGUUGUAUUGGUACUAUCCAUCAUUUUUUUACUUUUUUCGAUUUCGCUAUCUUCGCCGUGGUCGUGAUCGUGUUGCCCGCCAUGAUGAACCGAAGCUACAUGUUUGAUCAAGGAGUUGUGUUUAGAUUUUUUUGUUUAUGAAUUAUAUUUUGUUGUACCUACUUCUUGAAAGCUUCUUUUUGUGUGUUUCUGUAGAUGUAGUAGUAGACACAGUGUGUGACUGUGAGAUUUGAUGAACGCCAAGCAAUGUAAGUUAUAGUGAUUCUGUACCAUGAACAUGAGGAAGUUUCGGCGAAGUUUGUAUGCUAUUAGUUUUAGUGGCUAUAUGAAUGCGCAAGCGCAUGCGGUCGCACCUCCGCUCAUCCUGACUAUGUCCAUUACCAUUCACUCCUGCAGAACUCUAGAACUACCAUCAUCACUCGUGUAAUAAAAUUAAAGUAAAAGAAGCUAUGCAAAAGCGGUUAGGAAUAUGAUGUAGUUUUGAUGUUCGUAGGUCUGCGUGUGCGCCGUCCGCAGUGAGUCCCGGUGAAGUAACCGCGCCAAAAAAACUAACUUGGUAGUGAUACUUUUCAUCGCGUAUCGACUUCCUGGCUGUAGUUCGCCAUUGCGUAGCACUAGACGGUGAACAGAGCAAACGCAACGGCAACCGAGAAAUACACUUGUCGAUCCAAAGACGAGAAUAGUAAGCAUCACGAAUCGCGUUCGCGAAAAGGCGUACAACUAGAUUAACAUGAGAAGCUUCGCGACCACGCUCCCGGCGCGUACUAUCAGGCUCACAUAACGCGCGACUGUGACCUAUACCAUCCUGUUCGCCCGACUGAUAGUAGUAACCAUGAUUACAG